AAGUUUUUUCCCAUGAUGGCCUGCAACAGCUCCACCGUCGAGACCUACCAGUACUUGCUGCUGAACGAGAGCAAUGUGUCCGACUCCGGGGCCACCCCACCACCCGCCCCCCUCAGGAUAUCCUUGGCAAUAAUCAUGAUGCUGAUGAUCGUGGUGGGGUUCCUGGGCAAUACUGUCGUCUGCAUCAUCGUGUAUCAGAGGCCAGCCAUGCGCUCCGCCAUCAACCUGCUGCUGGCCACGCUGGCCUUCUCCGACAUCAUGCUGUCCUUAUGCUGCAUGCCCUUCACGGCCGUCACCCUGAUCACGGUCCACUGGCACUUUGGGGAUUACUUCUGCCGGCUCUCCGCCACCCUAUACUGGUUUUUUGUCCUGGAGGGCGUGGCCAUCCUGCUCAUCAUCAGCGUGGACCGCUUUCUCAUCAUCGUCCAACGCCAGGACAGGCUGAACCCGCGGCGGGCCAAGAGGAUCAUCGCCGUCUCCUGGGCGCUGUCGUUCUGCAUCUCGGCCCCGUCGCUGGCAGGCCGGACGUUCGUGGAGGUGCCGGCGCGGGCUCCCCAGUGCGUGCUGGGCUACACGGAGUUCGCGGCGGAGCGCGCCUACGUGGUGGCGCUGGUGGUGGCCGUGUUCUUCGUGCCCUUCGGCGUCAUGCUGUGCUCCUACCUGUGCAUCCUGCACACCGUGCGCAAGAACGCCAUCCGCGUGCACAACCAGUCCGACAGCCUGGACCUCAGACAGCUCACCAGGGCCGGCCUGCGGCGGCGGCAGCGGCAACAGCAGGUCAGCUUGGACUUGAGCUUCAAGACCAAGGCCUGCACCACCAUCCUGAUCCUCUUUGUGGGCUUCUCGCUCUGCUGGCUGCCGCACUCGGUCUACAGCCUCCUGUCCGUGUUCAGCCGGGGGUUCUACUGUAGCUCCUCCUUCUACACCACCAGCGCCUGUGUCCUGUGGCUCAGCUACCUCAAGUCUGUCUUCAACCCCAUCGUCUACUGCUGGAGAAUCAAAAAAUUCCGCGAGGCCUGCAUAGAGUUGCUGCCCCAGACCGUCCAGAUCCUCCCCAAAGUGCCUGAGCGGAUCAGAAGGAGAAUCCAGCCAAGCACCGUCUAUGUGUGCAAUGAAAACCAGUCCGCGGUUUAA